AUGGUCCAGCUGGUCGGACAGUUGGACCAGCUGGUCGGACAGAUGGUCCAGCUGCUCGGACAGAUGGACCAGCUGGUCGGACAGAUGGUCCAGCUGGUCGGACAGUUGGACCAGCUGGUCGGACAGAUGGACCAGCUGGUCGGACAGUUGGACCAGCUGGUCGGACAGUUGGACCAGCUGGUCGGACAGAUGGACCAGCUGGUCGGACAGAUAGUCCAGCUGGUCGGACAGUUGGACCAGCUGGUCGGACAGAUGGACCAACAGCUGCGCCAACAGCUGCGCCAACAGCUGCGCCAACAGCUGCGCCAACAAACAGUAUUAACCAGCCACACACAGCCGCUUCGUCAAUAUUUUAUUUCUUCAUUGCAGCUGUUGAUUGGCUACGAGAGUGGCCAACUGGUGUUCUGGGACCUCAAGACUCGAACAGCCGAAGUCCGCUUCCAAUGUGCCGAACCUCUCAAGUCCAUCAGUUGGCACCAUGAGGGCAAGCAGUUCAUGUGCUCACACACAGAUGGCUCUCUUACCACCUGGGCCAUCAAGCAAACUGGCCCUAAACCCUCCUCGGUCAUAUUUCCACACGCAAAAACAAACAAGGAGGGCAAACAAGAGACUUGUAAAUCCAUACAAAAAGUGGAGUGGAAAUCCAGCAAAACAGGAGAGUCUUUUGUCAUAUUCUCCGGAGGGCUGGCAAACGACCGAGCAGGGCGGACGCCAAGUAUCACCGUCAUCCAUGGCAAGACAACGACGGUUCUCGAGAUGGAGCACAAUGUUGUUGACUUCGUUACACUCUGUGAAACUCCUUAUGCUAGUGAGUUCGCAGAGCCAUACGCCCUGGUAGUCUUACUUCACAACGAUCUCGUGGUGGUGGACUUGCACUCUCCAGGCUACCCAUGUUUUGAAAAUCCUUAUUCGAUGGACCUGCAUGAGUCGCCCGUCACCUGCUGUACGUACCUGGCCGACUGCCCCGCAGACCUUAUCCCAGCCUUCUAUUCCGUCGGGGCCCGGGGUCAGAAGCGGCAGGGUUUCAGCGAGAGAGAGUGGCCCAUUUGUGGUGGUGAAUGGGGCUCAACGUCGUGUAGCUACGCAGAGAUGAUUAUCACCGGGCACGCUGAUGGCAGUAUUAAAUUUUGGGAUGCAUCCUCGGUCAGUCUACAAGUACUCUACAAACUCAAAACGGCAAAAGUAUUUGAGAAACCCAAAACACGAAGCAUUGAUGGGGAUGAGGAUCCUUUUGCAAUCCAGCAUAUCUUCCUCUGUCCGGAGUCUCGGUUUCUGUGCGUUGCGGGGGCCACGUCUCAUGUUAUACUCUUCAAAUACUCCAAACAGGAAACCGUUGCAGAAAUUUCAUGUCUGGAGAUCCCAAUCGUGUACGAGGUUUAUGAGUCGGGCGACUGUUCGCCGGAGUACGAGUUCCCGCCUCGCCCCACCCUCCAGGCAUCGGUGGACUAUUUUGUGCCGAUACACGUACGAGGUGGGUCACAGAAGAAAGCAUCGGGUUACCAGGCCGAGCUGGUGUGCGUGACGCCCUGGGUGGAGGGAGAACCUCCUGGACCCAUUACGGCCCUUGCUAUCAACUCCUCCUAUGGACUAUCAGGCUUCUACUGUAUACCGGGAACUUAUGCUCUAGAGCAGUUUGCCAACUCUCUCCCUAAGGAUAAUAAGGACUUGGGAUCAUCCACAUUUUAUCUACGCCGUGACCAAAGUGAAACUGAUGAGUUGAUCAGGAAAGAGAGCAAGGAGGACCUGAAAGACUCGAGAAAGUCGGUGAACCGCAGUGAUAGCAAGGGGGACUCGGAGGUCCUUAAACUAUUGAGGAAGGACAGCAAGGGAAUAGAAAAGACUAAAGACGAGAAGAAGAAUUCCAAUGGAAAAUAUGGGUCCGACGCCAAGGCGGAGAUCAUGAAGCUUCUCGGACGAAAGGAAAGCAAAGGAAAAGAGAGAGAUGACAGAGAUAGCAAAGGGAAAGAAGGUGAGAGGGAAGACAAAUUUGUGGACGAUUUUCUUCUAGUCAAGAAAAACUCGGCAAGUGAAGGAAAUGAUGGUGCUGAGGAGGCUGCGGAACAGGUUAAUGAUGAUCUCUGGCAAUGGGAAGAAGGGGAAGAUGAUGAUGACAAGGCUGAAGGUGGUUAUGAGUUGAGACCCGACCGUCCAAGGUCGAGGUCAAUCACACCUGAGCACUUCCCAAAGACCGAGAUGGGAGAUGAUAAACAAAACAAUCACGAUGCUGCUAAGAGACAUUCAAGAUUCAGACUAAAAGAACAGCUUACAAAACUUGAUGCAAAAUUCAGAAAGGCAUUCUCUUCUGAACACAACUCCAUUGAACAGAAUUCAGACUUUUAUGUGGAUGACAUUACAGUUAUUGGGCCAGAUGGAGAGAGGAAAGAAAUAGAGAAUACAUCAGACCAUAAAGGAAGUACUGACAUUGAAGAUGCAGAAGAAGCUGAAGAAGCAAAAGAUGAUUCUGAAAAGGGAAAUGAGGUAAACAUUGAGAGCAACAACCAUGAAGUGAAACCUGGUGCCUUUUCAGCUAGUCCCAAAUUAAGUCCCAGAGAAACUCCUAAAACCAGUCCCAGGCCAACCCCAAAAGCCACCCCAAGGCCAAGCCCCAUUGAUGAAGCCAAAUUCAUAGAACAAGAUCUUGCCAAAAAGCCAAACGUUCAGGAAGGUGCCGACCGAAAAUCUCUAGCGCUCUUUGACAAGGAUGGCAAUCCUGUACCCCCUCCACGACGCAAGGUACGACUUUCAGAAGUCAAACAAAAGAGCAGCAAAAGUUCUUUCAGCAGCUGUGAUCUUGGCAAGGAAUCGAACGUUUCGCAUGCUCAAGGUGCCGGUAAUGCUGGACCGCUUUCAAUUUCCCCAGUAGAGGAAAGUGGGGGCUUCUCUGACCACCAUAAAUUCUUUCAAAAGUGCCAGGGUUCUGACACGACUCCUGUUCAGACCCCCUCCCAUACCGGGGCAACUCCACCUACAGCAGGAGCCAGCAUAACUAGCCCAAACAGCAAGGGAGCAUUCAAGACUUUUGUCAGCCACAUCACCAAGAGAGGCUCCUCGCACGCACUGCAGGACAAGUUAGACGGUUCAUUUAGCCGCUCUCGUUCGUCGAGUAUCAGCAGUCUGGAGAAUAUUAGCAGUGAAGCGAUACAGUGUUUGUCCUUUGUGGAUUCCUAUACCAGAAAAAAUGAUACACAAAUGGCCCCAACGCUGUGGGUGGGUACGAGUCUAGGCUCUGUCAUACAGGUGAUGGUAUCCAUACCACCACCAGAGACGAGAGCGACGACUCCCGCAACGGUGUCGCCAAGCGGAACCAUCUUUCGGUUGAAGGGGUCUGUGCUUGCCAUGUCUUUCUUGGACUGCAACGGGGCUCUCAUCCCUUACCAGUACGAGUCGUGGAAGGACGCAAACAGAGAGAGGAAGCUAGAGAUUACAAACAAAACUGCACCAAUGAGUCUUAGAUACAACAUUGGUGAUAUUAUUAUUAUCAUCAAUGUUCGACAUUUUAGGGAGCAGCUCACUUAUAUGUUUAUUCUUUCAAAUUCUCUCCCCACAGACAGCGUUUGUUUAGUGUGUUAUGUCGCCACGGGACAUCUCUCCGUGUUUAGUUUGCCGAGUUUGCGUCAGUUAAUUUACGUUGACUUCCUACCCCUUGUUGACCUCAGUUUUCAGACGAGGAAGACUGGCAUAGUUGACCCUAUGCUGUCUAUUUGGGGUCAGCAAAUGUUCGUAAAUGAAGAUACUGACCAGUAAGUCGACACACUACACUCCACUUCAGGAAAUCACAUCUUGCCAAUGCACCCCCUAAAAAAACUUAAUGUCUAACUGGUAAAGAAAACAGAAUUCUACAACCAACAUAUAAAAGAAUGACUAAAUAUUAAUAAAAAGGGCAAAUCACUGCACAUGAACUAUUUUAAUUGAAGUAAUGAAAUGGUCAUUCGAACUUAAUCUAUAUGGUUCUUGCCAGUAUUAUAAAGAUGUGGGUUUCUGAGGACACAGGCUGUGCAUGCUUAUAAAGGUCUUGUGGAUGGGCUUUAAUCCUAAAUAUGGUCUCUUCAAUCAAGAUUCCCUUGGGACUGGAACCUUUAUGGUGAUCUGGAAGAUGGUGGUCAGAUCUAGGAGAUUAUGGCAAUGGGAUUAUAGAUUUGAAUUUCACAUUUAAGAUUCUGUAUCAUUUACUGUAAAUGUAAAAGCAGUAAUAUCCAUGUUAAAAACUAAUCAGGGAGGGCCUAUGAGAUUUGUUGCAGUUAAUUACAGUACAAGACCAUUACUCAUUUCCUGUAACUUCUCUCAUUAGUUGAUGUAGUAUUUAUAAAAGUGGUACUGUAAUUACUAGGGGUAAGGGCAUAUUCAGGGAUAUGCUAGCCCAAUGCCAGCAGAGCUGUGGAACCAGUCAGUUGGUCCUUGCCAGGUGCACCACCAGUGACGACCAUCUUUAAGAUAACACUUGACCUCUAAAAUAUGCUAAAAACGAGAAUCCCAGUUUCAUGUCUCGCCAAACCAUUAUCUGGUAGGCCGAAUGAGAUGAAAGAUCUGGCCACUGCUUCUUCCAGCGUUGCACGUUGCACUGUCUUGCACUUCUUCGAGUUUGCUUGUAUGUUUUGCCAUAGCGGUAUAGUGAGACUGUGAUUAGCUUUGUAAAAAAUAAUUGAUUCUGGUGGCAUUGCCGAUGUUUAUAUUUUUUGGUGCAACUCUUAAGAUUGACCAAUGACCACCACCACCACCACCACCACCACUUGCACAUUUCAGUAUGUAGUACACAGCACCUCAUUCCAGGACAAGUGACCCAAUAAAACUUUGAAAUCUGCUCCCUGUUCUCAGAUGUGAAAUGUUUUUAUAUCGCAUAAGAUUGUUUUAAGUCAGGCUAGGUUAGAAUGAGAGUUUCCGGCCUACAACACCCUCGAGCAUCAAAAUUUAUUGCCAUCUGAGAGGAUAUAAGGAGUACCCCCGCCCCUUUGCCCUCCCCUGUUGGUGCACUUGUCUUGAAAUGACAUGUACUAUUUGUUAUAUAAACAUUCUUUGAGAUUACUGCACCUGGAUGCAUUUUCAUUCAUUCUCUCACUUCUACUUUGCCAUAUUUUUUCUUCUAUACUCUAUAAGAAAUUUUGCCUUCAUGUUCCAUUUUUCUUGAUAUGCAUUGUCAGGAGGAGAAAGGUGCCUAUCAGAAGGUAAAGGUUCUCUUGAUACACCUUGCAUUCUUGUGUCGUAGUUUAAUGCAGUUCUCCCGCAGUGCAGCCACAGCCCAGAGUAGUUUAAUGCAGUUCUCCUGCAGUGUGGCCACAGCCAAAGAGUAGUACAAUGCAGUUUUCCUGCAGUGUGGCCUAAGAUUUUGUUUUGAAUGCCAUUAAACAUUAUUUGAUAGUCAUAGAGAAUUAAAAAUU